UUUCACUGCAAAAGCACUCAUCCCAGCAAUGGCUUCUUCUUCUACUCUACCUUUAUGCACCAGCAAAACUCUCUUUUCUUCCUUCACCAACUCAUCUUUCUUUGCAAAACCCUCCCAGCAUUUCCUCCAUGGAAAACGUAACCAAUGUUUCAAGGUUUCAUGCACGGGCGAGCAUGACGGAAACCAACUUGACGCCAUUAAAGAAGGAGCUGUUGACAGAAGGAAUGUCCUUUUGGGUUUAGGAGGGCUGUAUGGCGCAGCUAAUCUUGCGCCAUUAGCCUCUGCUGCUCCCGUACCACCCCCCGAUCAAAAAUCAUGUGGCACGGCCACGAUAACGGAUGGUCCAGCUGUACCAUAUAGUUGUUGCCCCCCUAAACCAGAUGAUAUGGACAGCGUUCCAUAUUACAAGAUCCCUCGCAUGUCCAAGCUUCGUAAGCGGCCCGCUGCCCAAAACGUGACUGAGGAGUAUAUAGCCAAGUACCAGUUAGCCACUAGUAAAAUGAAGGAAUUAGACAAAGACCAAUUUGAUCCUCUUGGCUUCAAGCAACAAGCUAAUAUCCAUUGUGCUUAUUGCAACAAUGCUUACACAAUGGGUGACCAAAAGUUACAAGUUCACGAAUCUUGGCUUUUCUUCCCAUUUCAUAGAUGGUACUUGUACUUCUACGAGAGAAUCUUGGGCUCCCUCAUCGAUGAUCCAACUUUUGCUUUGCCAUAUUGGAACUGGGACCAUCCAAGCGGCAUGCGUUUGCCUCCUAUGUUCGAUGUCGAAGGUUCUUCCCUGUACGAUGCAAGACGUAAUCCACAAGUCCGUAAUGGAACCAUAAUCGAUCUUGGUUUUUUCGGUGAUGAAGUCAAAACUAAUGAAAUACAGAUGAUAACUAACAACUUAAUUCUAAUGUAUCGUCAAAUGAUAACUAAUGCUCCAUGCCCGCUGUUGUUCUUCGGAGAGCCUUACAGAUUCGGAUCUAAACCCAAUCCGGGGCAGGGAACCAUUGAAAACAUCCCUCAUACUCCAGUCCACAUUUGGACUGGUACUGUGCGGGAUACGGAUUUGGGUAAUGGUGUGAAAUCAUACGGUGAGGAUAUGGGUAAUUUCUACUCAGCUGGUUUAGAUCCAGUUUUUUACUGCCACCACGCCAAUGUGGACCGCAUGUGGAAUGAAUGGAAAGCACUAGGAGGGAAAAGAAGGGAUCUCACAGACAAUGAUUGGUUAAACUCGGAGUUCUUUUUCUACGAUGAAAACCGCGACCCAUGGCGUGUGAAAGUCCGAGACUGUUUGGACAGUAAGAAGAUGGGGUAUGAUUACGAACCAACAUCCACACCAUGGCGUAACUUUAAGCCAGGGAAAAAGAGCACAGAGGGCAAGGUGAAUCUAAGUUCAAUUAAGCCAGCCAGCAAGGUAUUCCCACUCUCAAAUCUGGACAGAGCCAUUUGCUUUAGUAUAGAGAGGCCAGCUACAUCAAGGAGUCAGCAGGAGAAAGAUGAAUUCGAGGAGAUCCUAACAUUCAAGGGUGUAAAGUAUGAUGAUAGCAAGUAUAUAAGGUUUGAUGUGUUCCUCAAUGCAGACAAGACUGUGAAUGCAGAUGACAUUAACAAGAGAGAGUAUGCAGGGAGCUAUACCAGCUUGCCACAUGUUCAUGGACCUAAUAAUGCCACUCAUGAGUUUAAACCAAAAGAAUUCAAGCUAGCCAUCACUGAACUUCUUGAGGACUGUGGUUUGGAAGAUGAAGACAUUAUUGCGGUAACUGUGGUUCCAAAGAAGGGGGGCGAAGUGGUCAGCAUCGACAAUGUGGAGAUUGAACUUAAGGAUUGUUUUUAAUUAAUUAAGUCCAAAUUUAUGUAUGUUAUAAAUAUCAAAUAUAUAAAUAAAUGUCUUCCCUUCCGAUCCGA